AUGGAAAGAGCGAGGAUCUCGGAAUCUGAGGAUUGGGUACCAGAGAUGAUGGAUUCAUACCGGACGUCAAAGCGCUCGAGUCUAUCGCUACCACGCUCUUCCAAACACCAUAGCAUGCUCACAGAUUCAGCGAUCAGUUUGGUUCAUAUCCCGAAAGAAAAGCGUAUGAGCACGAAGAGUCACUUGCAACAUGUGCAGUCGGCGGAUGAUGAACCGGAAAGUCCGACUUCGAUGACAGAGAGCGAGCAGUCAGAGGAUCGUCGGCCUUCAGCAAUACCUGCAUACCCAUCAGCAGCAAAAACAGCCGUCAUAAUGGUAUCAUUGUACAUCUCCAUCUUCUUGGUUGCCCUCGAUAGGACAAUCGUCGGACCGGCGAUUCCAGCGAUUACGAACCAGUUCAACAGCAUAGGCGACAUUGGGUGGUAUGGCAGUUCAUACAUGCUCACAUGUGCUGGCUUUAUCCUCCUCUAUGGGCGCAUAUACACCUUCUUCCCAACCAAACCCGUGUUCUUAUCGGGAAUUUUCCUCUUCGAAGCCGGGAGCGCGAUAUGCGGCGCCGCGCAAAACAGUCUUAUGCUUAUUGUUGGGCGAGCUAUCGCAGGCCUCGGAAGUAGCGGCAUCUUUACAGGCGCGAUUCUAAUCAUGCUGAAUACCGUGCCGCUGCACCGAAGGCCAAUGUUGCAAGGCUUGUUUGGUGCUUGCUUCGGCGUUGCAAGUGUAGCUGGUCCUCUGCUAGGCGGUGCGUUCACCGGAAGUAAAGCAACAUGGCGGUGGUGCUUCUACAUCAACUUACCACUGGGUGGAAUUACAAUCCUGGUUGUGUGCUUUCUGUUGAAACUGGAUGAGCAGAAACCAAAGCUGGCGACAUGGAAAGAAACAGUGAAACAUCUGGAUCCGCUAGGUACAGCACUCUUUCUUCCUUCGAUCACCUGUCUUCUCCUAGCGCUGGAAUGGGGCGCAGCAGACUACUCAUGGAGCUCACCACGACUUAUCGCUCUUCUUGUCAUUUUUGCAGUCCUUCUCGUGGCCUUCAUAGUAUGGCAGUACUUCACGCAGCAUACCACAGCAACCAUCCCAGCACGCGUGAUCUUUCAGCGCAGUGUUGCAUUCGGAAGCGUUUCACAGUUCUGCGUAGGUGCCACCAUGCUCACAGUCUCAAUAUACAUACCUCUCUGGUUUCAAGCGAUCAAAGGCGUGUCAGCGAUGCAGUCUGGAAUCAACACCAUCCCACUCGUUCUUUCGGUCGUCGUAGGAUCCAUCCUGUCAGGCGGCCUCGUACAGCGCGUUGGCUACUACACUCCAUUUAUGAUCCUCGGUUCUAGCUUCAUGGCGGUCGGUACUGGCCUUCUUACAACUUGGAACAUGGGUAUUAGUACUGGCAUGUGGAUUGGAUACCAGAUCAUCAUUGGUUUCGGCGUUGGAUGCACCAUGCAGCAUCCAAACAUAGCCGUACAAACUGUUCUGCCCAAGCACGACGUGCCAAUUGGAACAGCAGUUCUGUCGCUCUUUCAAACACUUGGUGGGGCUGUAUUUACAGCGGUUGGGCAGAACCUGUACAUCGACAAGUUUUCCAGUGGCUUGGAACGAAUUGGAGGUCUGGUUCCAGGCCGUAUCCUCAACGCGGGCGCGACAGAUAUGACGAGCGCAGUACCGAUGGUGCUGAAGCAUAGAGUUUUGGAAGCAUACAACCACGCCUUGACGAACGGCACAUUUUUCGCGGCACUUAUUGUAGCCUGCAUAUCUGUUCCGGCGGCAUUAGGCAUGGAGUGGCGAAGCGUCAAAGAGAAGCAGGGCGCGACGCAGGCUCCUGCAGUGCAAGACGAAGAGAAACAAGAAUCACUCGGCGAGGACCGAAUGCCACCCGGCAUCCUCAAAAGAUCAACUACACAGUCUAGUAGGUCGGAGAUGAGUACAGCACCGUCACUUGCUCCGCCAGUCCCAGCUUGGAAGAAUUUGUAUCGAUCUAGCGGUCAAUUUUCGUCAUACCUGACGACGAAGGUGAACCCAGACCUCCGUGCUGAAUUGAGGACUGUAAAAUGA